AAAGCUGGAGAUGGCAGAGUCUUGUGAAAAUGAGAUUUUCCGUAAAGCCAUAGUGAAGAAUUUUGUGGCAGUCAAGAAGUAUUUGCAUCCUGAUCCUAUUAUUGAUUGUGAAACAGGCUUUGAAUUACUCACCGUUACAGACAGAAAGAAUAUCCAGGGUAAAGACCCAACUGAUAAGAAUCAGACGAUAUUGAGAAAAGUAAAAUCCAAAGGUGCUAAUGGUUACACAGAUUUUAAAGAGCGUCUGAGAAAGACCUGGCAGACUGACUUAUUAAAGCUUAUAGUUUGUGCGGAAAAUGGACAGGACACGACAGAGAUAUUGAGUCGGCUUGAGAAAACCGCAGUGUUAAGUCCAGAGUAUAUCAAACACAGAGGUGAAUUUCAAGGCGACCUGAUUAAAUUCUACAGAAAAAGGUGUAGUUCAAUACCUCUCUCACCGCUUCUUGAAGAAAUAGAGACACCUCUAAUUGGGUUCUAUGUGAUGCCAGAUAUAGUCGCCGUAAAACAGAAGUCCCUAACUUGUCAUGAAGAGGAAAGAACUCCGAUCAAGUCUUUGAAAGACCUGUUUUCAACCGGAAGUGCUGAUCAACAAGCAAUUUAUCUAUCAGCUGAUGCAGGCUUUGGAAAAACUGCUUUCUCAAAAUAUCUUGCAAUCACGUGGUGCCAAGCUCAUUGUCGUGAUGAAAACUACCCUUGUUUUAAGGACGACGAGUUAAAGACGUUAUUUGACUUUAAGUUCUUAUUUUUGGUUUUAUUAAGAGACUGUACCUCUGUUUGUAACAUUGACGAUAUGAUCGAACAACAAAUUACCAAGAAACUUCGUUCCUCUGCAUCACUAGAUGAAGUUUUACGUAGAGAAAAAUGUUUGAUUAUAUUGGACGGUCUUGACGAAUGGACACACCCUGAUAAUAGUUGUGGCGAAGUAACAGAAAAAAUCCCACAUCGGUACGUACCUGAUAAUUGUGUUAUCCUUACGACAACCCGACCGUGGAAGCUCGGAGUUUCAAAUCUCAAAACAAGUCAAAUAAACAAAAAAGUAGAAUUGGUUCAAUUAAGUGCAGAUUCUACGCGGCAACUAGAAGAAAAUGCUAUAAGGAAAAUGACCGGUGUCCAUAACGAUAUGUUAUUGAAGAGUAAAACACAGGACUUUAAUAAAGUGAUACGUGACCGUCACCUAGAACACAUGCAAGUGAUUCCACUCCUCCUAAUGUAUAUAGUUUGCCUAUGGUGUAACAACAUUCCAAUAGGAAAUUCAAAACAUGAAAUUUACACCAAUAUCAUUGAAUUUCUAUUAUCGAGAACUUCAAAGAAACACCCGGAAGUUCAACCAUCUCGUGAAUCGUCUGCCACUGAAAUUCCAGAAUACUUCAAAAGUCAUGAAUUUUGUACACAUUUUUACAGUCUUAUAACAUCAUUAGCAGAACUAGCUUACCAAACAUUAUUUAAGGAAAAUAGAGAAAACACGCUUGUAUUUGAUAGAACAGUUGCUGAAAAAUAUCUCAAAGCAGACGACAUGAAAUUAAGUCUUCUCUCAGGAAUACUGUCAGAAAGUAGAAGUAAAACUUUAAUCAAAGAAAUUAUCAAAGUAUCAUUUUCCCACAAAACAGUGCAAGAAUUCUUUGCCGCCAUAUUUAUAAGUUCUCAAAGUGAAACGCAGAAAACUGUUGCAGAAAAAUGUAAAAAUGUUCAAGACAUUCUGGACAUGUCAAAAAUUUGUGAAUUUAUAAGUACAAUGAAUGCUGACCGGAUGUGUGCAAUAUCAAAUGAUUUGAUGUCUGUUAUAAAUGAAGACGAGAAAACACGCGACAUUAGAACUAGGACAGAUAGCAAAUUUUACAAUAAUCCAUUGUAUAACAUACAGAAAAUGUUCAUGUCGUGUUUACAAGAAAUGCAUGAAAGUGAAAAUAUUCAAUUUUGUUUACAAGAUUUCUUCAUUGAAGGGGACAACGAGGUGCACAGUAAGCAGUUACAACGUUUAUUAAAACAAAAUAAAACCAACAUAAAAUCACUUUAUAUAAACAUCAACAUUACUUCCAGCAGUUUACGUGAAAUUAUAGAUUUAUUCUCUCUCACAGAUCUCAGUCAUAUACAGAAACUUUACUAUUGUGGUGACAGGAAGAAGGAGGCUAAAAUAAGUCGGAUAUUGUUUCCCAGUUUACAGUACGUUACUUUGUGUAAAGAACAAUGCGGCCAUGAUUGUAAGAGAUGGAACUUGGACUUGUCCCAACAUUCAACUCUAUCAAAGUUAGACUUGCGGGAGUUACCUGGGAGGCUACAAUUAAAUAUAUCAACACCGUCAUUAGUUAAUGUUACGUUGUGGGACAUCAAUCUAGAUGAAAGUUCAUUGUUACUGUCACGUGACAUGAUGAAUAUUGAACGUGUGGUGUUGGUGCGUAUAGAAAUGUCUGCAAGAAGUUUACAGAACUUUAUUACCGUGCUGGAAAAUCUGCCACAGGCAGUUACAGUAGAGAUGACAGACAUUGAACCGGAAACAGAAUAUGACCGUGUUAGAGAAAAUAUUCGGAGAUCACCAACUUUUCAUGUGAUACAAGAAGAGCGCCAAGAAAAACUGUCAAAGACCGUCAAUGGAGAGAGACCGUGGAUUAGUAGUUUCAUAAAUAUCGACGGUCUCGUGGUAUGGUUAUGUCUCCAAAGACCGUUGAUUGUAGGAGACCGUCUUUUAGCAAUAACACGUGAAAGGAAAGCAACAUAG